AUGACCUCCAAAGUCUCCUGGCACGACAAAAUCCUCCCCCCAGUCAACUCCUCCAACUCAGAAAUCCGUAUCCUCCAAAUCGCUCCCGGACCACCCUCCUCGCCCCUACAAUGCAACUUCCGCGUAACCUCCCUCGACAACCAAGACACCCCCUACGAAGCCCUCUCCUACGCCUGGGGAAACGACGCCCCCGACUCCCAUGAGAGCAUCUUCUUUGGAGACACCCAAGUUGGCGUAACUCCCUCCCUGGCCAACGCCCUCCAAAGACUACGUCUCCCCAAUGAGACGAGAAACAUCUGGGCCGACGCCCUAUGCAUAAACCAGGCAGAUGACGUCGAAAAAUCCCUGCAAGUCUCCAUGAUGGGCCGCAUCUACCGCCAGUGCACCCAAGGCGCCUUCUGGCUCGGCUCCCUCGAAAGCACCUCUCCCGCCGACGCCCAAGCAGCCCUCGACGUCCUCUCUUGGAUCGCGGGUGAACAAGACCCUCCCACCUGGCUCGCCGACGAAGGCAAAAGACUCGCCGCCAGCGCAGCCCUAAAGACCCUCGUCAACGUAUCCUGGUGGAGCCGCAUCUGGACCGUCCAGGAAGCCAUCCUGCCCCCCACGGCAACCGUAUACUGGGGCCCCUGCGCUAUCCCCUGGACGAUCCUCGACAAGGCCUCCGAGAGCUUCUUCAACGGCUCCGCGCCGGCCAUCCACGACGAGUUCUGGGACAACGGCUGCCUCCUCGACCUCCAGGCCGCCCUCCGCGGCCUCGGCGCUUCCCGCGGCGAGGAGCUCCUCCAGAUGCUCUGGCGCUGGCGCUACCGCCGGGCCACGGACCCCCGCGACAAGGUCUACGGCCUGCUGGGCUUCCGCAGCGACAUCGCCUUGCCCUCGGUCCGGAGGUGCGACUACACCGUCGACGUGCGCACGCUGUACCAGAACGUCACCGUCGACCUCAUCAACAUGAGCACGGAUCUGCAGCCCCUGAUUGGCCGCGGCGGCGAGGGCUCCGACAUCCCCGGCCUCGCGUCGUGGGCCAUCGACUGGAGCGGCGUCGAGGACCCGUCCCGACGCAGCAGAGCCAACUUUUGGGACCACCGUCACUGGUGGCACUUUGGCGGCUUCACAGCGGACCGCGGCAUGUUUGGCGUUGGCGAGGGCCUCAGAGUCGAGGACAACGGCGACGCCCUUCGCAUUUGCGGUCUCAAGCUUGGCCGCGUCGCCCUCGUAGAUGAAGCAGCAGCCGACGAUGUGCCAGAAAAGGGCCCAGUGGCAUCACUUUUCCGCGCAUAUGGCAACCGAUGGGGAAGGCUCCUGUCGAAAUAUCACACUAUUUCCCCAGACGGCCUCUCCGACGGCGGAAUGACAGCCUUCCUAGGCCUCAUCACGGGAAGCUUGGCAGCAGACGAAUCGGACGACGAGGACGACCUCAAAUCAUGGGUGACGCAAAUGGUUCGACCACAGGCCAUCUUCAUCACUGACAACGGACAGAUUGGCCUUGGACCGCCAAACGUCAGACCAGCACAGGAGCUGUGGAUUAUUGGCGGAUGCAGAGUGCCAGUCAUCUUGAAUCCUCUGCCAAAGGCUUCUAAUCAAGUGUCCGAUCCGAGCUUGACGUUUCACAGCGAAUGCUUCGUCUAUGGUGUUAUGCAAGGAGAGGCUGUAGAAGGUAGAGAAGAUCAAGUGAUUGACAUUCUGCUUCGUUGA